GCACAGAGACACUGUCAUUCGUUAGCAGUGGAUGCAUGCCUCUUCCAUUUCCUCCCCAACACGUGCAAGUGUUGCGUGCUUUCCUUCGCUACACUGUCAACAAAGAACUUCGUAGAGGUCGAGUUUUGCACGCUCGCAUUCUCAGAAACGGUUUUUUCUCCUUCACUCACAUUGCCAACGCCCUCAUCAACCUCUACACAAAGUGUGGUCACUUCACACAAGCCAACCUCGUAUUCGACAACAUCGUUCACAAGGACGUCAUCUCAUGGAACUGUCUCAUCAAUGCAUUCUCCCAACAGCAAGCCUACGCCUCGUCUCACGUCAUGCGUCUCUUUCGCCGUAUGAUGGCCUGCACCACCCUCCCCAACGCCCACACCUUCACUGGCGUCUUCACCGCCGCCUCCAACCUCUCCGACGCCAGCGCCGGCCGUAUGGCCCACGCUCUUGCCGUCAAAACGGCCUGGUCCGAUGACGUUUUCGUUGCCAGUUCACUUCUUAACUUGUACUGCAAAACGGGUCUCGUUGCGGAGGCGCGUGAGCUGUUUGACGAAAUGCCUGUGAGGAAUGUGGUUUCUUGGGCUACCAUGAUUUCUGGGUAUGCUUCCAAGGAGUUUGCUUAUGAGGCUUUUCAGCUCUUUGAACUAUUGCGUCAUGAAAAAGAGAGUGACAAUGAAAAAGAGUUUGUGAUCACCAGUGUUCUUAGUGCUUUGACGAGUCACGUGUAUGUGGACACCGGAAGGCAGGUUCAUUCUCUUGUGGUGAAAAACGGGGGUGUUUGCUUUGUCUCUGUGGGGAAUGCUCUCGUGACGAUGUAUGCGAAGUGUGGGAGCUUGGAGGAUGCGCUCAAGACUUUUGAGUUGUCGGGGAACAAAAAUUCUAUCACGUGGUCGGCUAUGGUAACUGGUUUUGCUCAGAGUGGGGAUGCGGAUAAGGCUCUGAAACUGUUUUAUGAUAUGCAUCGCUCUGGGGUUUUUCCCACUGAGUAUACUCUUGUUGGGGUGAUCAAUGCUUGUAGCGAUGUUUGUGCUAUUGUGGAAGGGAGACAAAUGCAUGGUUUUUCCUUGAAGCUGGGUUAUGAAUUGCAGUUGUAUGUGAUGUCGGCUUUGGUGGACAUGUACGCGAAGUGUGGUAGUAUAGGGGAUGCACUGAAGGGUUUUGAAUAUAUUCAACAACCUGAUGUUGUUCUCUGGACUUCAAUCAUAACGGGUUAUGUACAAAAUGGGGAUUAUGAAGGUGCUUUGAAUUUGUACGGUAAAAUGCAGAUGGGGCGAGUUAUCCCCAAUGAUUUAACUAUGGCGAGUGUUCUAAAGGCUUGUUCUAGCUUGGUGGCUUUAGAUCAGGGAAAGCAAAUGCAUGCCGGGAUUAUUAAGUAUGGUUUUAGCUUGGAAGUUCCGAUUGGAAGUGCUCUUUCUGCCAUGUAUGCAAAGUGUGGAAGUUUGGAUGAUGGAUGCCGCAUCUUUAGGAGGAUGCCUUCUAGAGAUGUAAUUUCGUGGAAUGCAAUGAUAUCCGGACUUUCUCAAAAUGGUCGCGGCAUUGAAGCCUUGAAGUUGUUUGAAGAGAUGUGUUCGGAGGGAACAAAGCCCGAUAGUGUCACAUUUGUGAAUCUUCUCUCUGCUUGUAGUCAUAUGGGUUUGGUGGACAGAGGGUGGGUUUAUUUUAAGACGAUGUUUGAUGAGUUUAACAUUGCUCCUACAGUAGAGCAUUAUGCUUGCAUGGUUGAUAUCUUGAGCCGUGCUGGACAACUAAAUGAAGCAAAAGAAUUCAUUGAAUCAGCAACAGUUGAUCAUGGUCUAUGUCUGUGGCGCAUAUUAUUAGGGGCGUGUAAGAACCAUCGUAACUAUUAUCUUGGUGCUUAUGCUGGAGAGAAACUAAUGGAGUUAGGCUCGCCAGAAUCGUCUGCAUAUGUAUUGUUGUCGAGUAUAUAUACGGCUUUAGGAAAAUGGGAAGACGUGGAGCGUGUCAGGGGGAUGAUGAAGACCCGAGGGGUGACUAAAGAACCUGGUUGUAGCUGGAUUGAGUUGAAAAGUUUGACCCAUGUAUUUGUUGUUGGAGACAAUAUGCACCCACAAAUUGAAGAAAUAAGGUUGGCGUUAAAACUGUUAACCAAGUUAAUGAAAGAUGAAGGAUAUCAACCUCUUCUUGAUCCAUUACUUCCUAAAGUUAUCAGUGAUGAUUUGAAAGAUGAAGAAGGCAGCGAUGAGAUACAACUCAGGGUUUGUGGUGGCUUUUAGCAAGAUUGAGGAGAUCAUCAACUCAUGCCCAAUCUAAGGGGAUUGUCAAAUCAGCAAGAAGUAUGGUAAUUUACGAGCCAAUGAUUCAGAAUCUGGCCCACAUCUAAAAGUUUCAAGCUGCGACUGUUAUGUGCAAUUCAUGAGCUCGUUGGUCAGGCUGUUCAUGGGGCACAUACAUGAUCCGGAACCAGAAGAAAGAGGUCAGUAGCUAUUUAAUCCUCUUAGGUCAACCAGUGGGACCCUAAGAGUGAAGCGGAGAGUCAAUUAACAAAUUAUACUUGCUUCUGUUCCAGCUAUAUAAUGCGCUGGGUUAUUUGCACUUCAGGCAACUAAAUGUGCUAUUAGUGCUAGCAAUAUCUUAGACGACUAGGCGUUCUUUUGGUUUGUUUAAAUUAACCAAGCUCAUAUUGUCAUAUAUAUGCCAAAAAGAAAACCUAAGGUCAUACAUAAAAUGACUAGAGCCCCGUCAUGGACCGUAAAACCCAGCACCUAGAGAAAACUUUUGGAAAGAGGAGGUAUGCAUAAAAUUCAAGAUGUACUCACUGAUUUGGUAUAACGGUAAAUUUCUGUUUCUUGAAUUUCGUAUUGCUUGCUUUAAGUGAAAGUUUCCACACA